AUGUCCGCCGACGCCGCCCCCAUAACCUUCACUCGCUUCUCCAAGGCCCUCGAGGACCUCUCCGUCGAAUCGCUCUUCGCCAAGUACUCUGAGCUCACGAACCAACUCACACACCUUGAAUCGAGCAACAAGCAGCUCGAAGAGUUUGCGCGCGAAAACGACGACCGCGACUGCUACGAGGCGCUGAUGGAGAACAAGCAGGUCAUGAAGAGGUUCGAGGAACGGAGGGAGGCGAUCAAGAACGAGGUCAGGGAUGUGAGGGGUCUGCCGUGGAGGCCAAGGGAAGAGGAGAAUGUUGAUGGUGUGGUCACCAACGGCAGCGUGGCUCCGGCGACGAAUGGUACCGCGGCUGAAGAACAGAGGAAUGGUGAUGCGCCGGCGCCUGAGCGUGACGAUGGCGUCUAUCUUUGA